UUAUAGUUCACGGAUCACUCAUUCAAAUUAAGCAUCGUUCAUCGCUUCGCGACAAAUUUGUUUCAUGAAUUGUGCUAUUUGCUACAUGAGUAUUUGUAACUUAGUUGAAGUCAAUUUGCAAUUUUGGUGUACUAUUAAAGGGGAUAGUGUGAUAUUCAGUUGAAUUUAAAUUUUAACACCAUGACCGACGUGGCAAAAAAGGUUCAGGAUUACAAAGAUUCACUUAAACAAAAGGCAGAGCACCUUAUUAUUAAAGGCUUUCCAGAAAAGAUAGUAAAGCUGAAUGAGCUUUUAGAAACACCUAACUUCCAGAAUAGAGAAUUAGCAGAUGUCCAUCAGGAUUUAAACAUUCCAGUUCCACCACCAAUACAAGCAGUCAAUGAACCAAAUGCUAAAAGAGCUAGACUCGACUCAUCCGAGGUGUCAAGCAAUACAACGUUAGAAGGCACACGGGUGUAUGCUCUGCCAAAUGGAAGUGUCCCAUGUAAUAAACCUCUUAGUGACCUUAUUCACCUUGUCAAACCUCACAUUAGAGAGCUUAUUGAGGAUUCUAAUCUGCUAAAAAUGUGGAUUUCAUUCAUGAUUCCUAAAAUAGAGGAUGGCAACAAUUUUGGUGUCUCAAUACAAGAAGAUACAUUGGCUGAGGUUCAGUCCGUUGAAUCAGAAGCUGCAGCAUUUUUUGAUCAAAUCUCAAGAUACUUCAUUUCGAGAGCAAAAAUUGUGUCAAAAGUUGCUAAAUAUCCACAUAUUGAGGAUUAUAGAAGAGCUGUUAAAGAAUUAGAUGAAAAAGAAUACAUCUCAUUGUGGCUGGUGAUGUGCGAGAUUCGCAAUCGAUACUGCUCGUUACACGACAUUGUCAUCAAAAACCUGGAAAAAAUCAAAAAGCCGCGUUCGUCGAAUGCCGAAACAUUAUAUUAGAAUAAUCUCAAUACAUGGCUACCGUAUAAAUAAUC